AUGUUUCCGGCUCAGAUUGUACUCAUGGGUUUUGUUCCGUUUGCCGACUCUGGCAAUUUCACUUCAAACGUUUCGUCGUCAACCGAGAUGGCCUCACGAGUUAGUAUAGUACUGGGUUUGGACACAUUAGGCGCCGUUGUGCUAUCUGGUGUCCUCCUACCACUGAGCAGCCUUGGAGUCAAAAUGGGCACUCCGCUAUCAGCUACCGUUGGUACCGCUGAGGGGAAGAUGGUUCAUCAGAGGAAUAGGACUCAUCGAACCUCAGGUCGUCCACGCUGUCUUCUUCUUCGUCGUCGUCUUCAUCAUCACUUUCUUCGUCGACCAAUUCAUCUGGAUCCAGGUCAUCCGAAUCCGUCGGAUCAUCCUCAAUUGUGUCCUCGUCUUCUUCAAACGAAACGAAACUUGAGUCCAGUGCUUCCCUUUGGUGUGGACUCACCGGAACAGGAGGACGACCGUUCAAACGCGAGUGGUGUGGCUAUGAGCAAAAUACCUAUCCCGCAAAGCCCCAGAACUGCAACCAAAAGGUUGCCCAGUGGGUUUCAAGCGUGCGUCACGCUACCUGACUGGUGGGUCAAUCGAUCGUCACAAGCAGGACGGUUACUGGGUCGUCGUUCGAUGAGUCGGACACACUAG